AGAAGAGUAGAGGGGAGCGUAGCGCGAUCAGAGACGACAAAGUGCUAACCAAAAGAAGAAGAUAUUCGACUAAUAAUCACAAUAAAAAUAAAAACAAUAAUUAAGAUAAAGCUAAAGCUACAGGAAAAAAAUUAAAAACACAAGCGAAAGGAAAGAUUUACGAAGAAAUUUGGAGAUUAAAAACAAGAAAAAAAAAGAAAAGGAAACACUUAAAAGAAAACAAAAAUUUGUCAGAGAUCAUCAUUGGAAGAAUUCUUAUCCGUUCUAAAAGAGAUUGCGGAUCAACUUUGCUCUACCAUAUAUAUUACGUAUAUUUCAGUGUGUUCAAAAAACGAGUGUACCUAAGUGCAAUAUUUAUAAAACCUACUAAACGAUAAUAAAAAGUAAUUAUUAAUGUCAGGAUAUAUUGAGAUAUUCGACACGAUAAUUAAUAAUUAUUAAAUAAUUUAAAGGGAAAAAACAUAGAGUCGCAUUACGAGGCGUUUCCCAUUAUCUCGCAGACAGAGAAAGAGGCAGAAAUUGAUAAUAUCUCAUACGAUUAUAAGGAGAAAUAAAUUCGCGAUAAGGAGAGAAAGAUUUCUAUCUCCUGAUAAAAUAAUUUCGCUUUAAAUAAAAUCCCCCAAGUUCGCCUCCCGGUCAAAAAAAUCACAGGGCUACUCAGGGCAACCGGGACACAGACUUGCAGCGGAUUUUUAAUACUGCGAUCAGAGCGCGAGGCACCAUCUGUCUGGAUAAUCAACGCUUCGUCUACACCGUCCGGGCUGGGCAAUCCUGAAACUAACCUGAACAUAAGUGUACUAGCUGUUAAGUAGAUAAAAGGAGGAUAAAGAAGAGGAAAAGGAAUAUAGUCAUUAAGACGAUCGGCGAUCUUCGGCUAAAGAAUAAUCGGUGCGAAAAGGUAUAAUAAUAGCGUCGGAAUAACAAGCCGGAUUUCAGCCGACACCGUGUAUAUAUACAUGUAUAUACAUAUAUACGUAAUAAUAAUUAAUCGCAGAACUCGAUCAAACUCUUCUAUUAUUAAAGUAAGAUAAGAGGCGAACAGUUCGAAAGGGCCGAACGAUACAUGAUCGAAAAAUCCAGAAACGUCCGCGUUGGGAAAGGAUCAACCUGCACCGGUAGCCAACGUAAGCGUAACUGCCGAGACGCGCAGCAGUAACCUCGGAAAGAUUUUAAGGAAAAACCUGAACCGCCUCGCGCGGUAAUAGCAAUCUGCACCACCGGCGAGCUGAGAAACUGAAGUGUAAUCCGCUCCCUGACAAGUCUUCCGAUCGAGACCGUACUGAAGUCGAGAUCGAGCUGGUGCUUAUCGGAAGCGUUGACAAAAAGCGGGCAAGCUGCGCCGCAAGGGGAUAGCACGGGCUUCGCGCGAAGGCCUCAAAAUUUCGGACGCGACGGCACUGGACCUGCGCGCCCAGUCGCAAUCCGCGAACAACUUCGUCCUAGCUGGACAGAGUCCGGACCAUCAACAGCACGCCGGAAACCAUCACUCUGGCGAUUCGGGGGGUCGGUUAGCCGGUGGCGGCGGAGGCGGAGGCGGCGGCGUUGGCGGCGGCGGAGGCAGCGACGGGGGUGGCGGCGGGGAGGGAUGGGACAGCCUUAAGGAAGAAGAGGACGAAGAGCUGAAGGAGGUCAUCUCCAAGAAGGAAAUAGGCUCGCGAGACGAGGAAGACGAGGACGAGGAGGACAGUUUCAGCAGUUCGCCGGAGCCGAAACCGGAACCCAUGGAAGUUCAGGCGUCGGCUGUAUCCGUAGCAGCGGCCAACCUCCACGCGCUAAGGCAACACGUCUUCAAGAUGUCCGACUACUGGCACCAGCCCCAAAGAGGCCCGCCUCAGCAUUCCCCGAGCCUUCAGCACGGCUUCGGCCUUCAGCACAGUCCGAUCGGACAAAGUCCCAUCCAGCACAGUCCCAUGGCUCAGCAGCAGCAGCAGCAUCAGCAGCAACAGCAGCAACACCAGCAACACCAGCAGCAGCAACAGCAGCACCAUGGAUCCCAGUCACAGAACGCUCAGCAACAGACUGUCCAGCAACAAAACUCGAUGCACAGUCCGAUCGGCCAGCAGCAACAAUCAAACUCCGCGCAGGUACAGCAGAACCCAGUGACGGGUAUGACCCAAAACACGGUGCAGUCCCUGCAGCAGCAACACCAAAUGACAGCGAUGGCUCACCAGCAGUCAAGUCAACAAAACACGCCGUUGAAUCAGCACCAAACGUCGCCUCAGGCACCGACGACUCCUUCGCCGUCCCAGAGCGUAGAUCACACGGCGAUGAACACCAACAGCAUCGCCCAGAACCUGCACAACCUUUCGCAGCAGGCCCAGCAGCAGAGCAUGUCGCAAACCCAGAGCCCGGCUCAGGUGCUCAACGCGAAUCUUGGACAGGCUUUGACGCAGGCACUCACCCAGAACAUGCAGCAAAACCUUAGCCAGACGCUGCAGCAAAAUUUGGCCCAUAAUCUGACGCCGAGUUUGUCGCCGCAGCAACAGCAGCAGCUGCUCAACCAGCCACAGAACUUGAGUCAGAUGAAAUUCGACGCGCAAACGUUACAGCAGAACAUUCAAAACCAGGCGCAAAAUUUGUCGCAAAGCCUUCAGCAGCAGGCGCAAAACCUGUCGCAGAAUUUGGGACAGAAUCUAACCCAGCAAUCGCUUCAGCAGCAAGCUCAGAACCUGACACAGAACAUUCAGCAGCAGCAACAGCAGCAGCAACAGCAACAACAGCAACAGCAGGAGCAAAACCUCGGUCAGAAUCUUCAGCAAGCUCAAAACAUGACCGGAACAAUGGGCCAGAACGGCACCCUCGCCGGGAUGGGAAUGGUCAACCAACAACAGCAGCAGCAACAGCAGCAGCAACAGCAGCAACAACAACAGCAGCAGAAUCAGAACUCCAUGCUGAGUCCGGGGGCGGCGAGUCAGGACAGCCACGACGUGACUCUCGCCGAAAAGCUGGUUAACGAGUUCCAGUCCCGCGCCUCUGCAGCUGGCCUAGGAGGUAUCGGUGGUAUGGCGAACAUCUCUCUGGAGGAAUGCUUGUCCUACAUGCAGCGAUUCUUCUCGCAGUUCAUCACGCACAAAGGCGUGAUGCAGAUGCACGCCAGAGACAUGGGUGGCGGCUUGGCCGGUCGUCCGGGUGGCGGAGUCGGCGGAGGUCUGGCAGGGCUGGUUGGCCCAGGAGGGAUGAUCGGCGGCGGCGAGGUCAAACCGCACCAGUGUCAGCAGUGUCUUAAGUCCUUCUCGAGCAACCACCAGCUCGUACAACACAUCAGGGUUCACACCGGGGAAAAACCGUACAAGUGCAGCUACUGCGAUCGGAGGUUUAAACAGCUGAGCCACGUCCAGCAGCACACCAGACUUCAUACCGGAGAGCGACCGUACAAAUGCCACCUUCCAGAAUGCGGCCGAGCCUUCAUUCAACUCUCGAACCUGCAGCAGCAUCUUCGGAAUCAUGACGCUCAGGUGGAGCGUGCCAAGAAUCGACCCUUUCACUGCACCAUCUGCGGAAAGGGAUUCGCCACGGAGUCAAGCCUGAGGACCCACACGUCCAAGGUCAGUCAUGAGUUGCAACAGCGUGUUGUGUUCCAGCAACACGCCGCCCUGAUUGGCGGCCCUAACGCUACCAGCUGUCCUGUCUGCAACAAACUCUUCCUAGGCGGCGAGGCUCUCAUGGAACACAUGAAGCACACCCACAAGGACCCAAACGCCUCCGGCGUUGCCAUUCCUCCCGCUGACUGCACACCCUCCGUUGCCGGGGUUUACCUAGCGAAGCGACGGACUGCUAACCACCCUUGCCCCGUUUGCGGGAAACACUACGUUAACGAGGGAAGUCUCCGGAAACACUUGGCCUGUCACCCAGAGACCAGUCAGCUCAGUACGAGUCUCAGGAUGUGGCCAUGUUCCGUCUGCCAAGCCGUCUUCACUCAUGAGAGCGGCCUACUGAGCCAUAUGGAGCAUAUGAGGAUGGACCCUAAACAUCAGUUUGCGGCCCAAUACGUUCUGAGUCGUGCCGCAGCGGAGAGACGAGAAAGAGAACUUUUAGCUGCAACUAGUCAAAGUUUGGCUGGAUCAGGUUUAGGAUCAGGUUUGGGUGUUUUGGGCAACCAGACUGGAGGACCGCAAAAUUUACAGCAACCGCCGAUGUGUCAAUCGCCGUCGGCUCAUUCCGACAGUAGUAGUGGUAACGGAAGACUUUCUUCCGCCGGAAGUGAACCUGAUUUUUGCGUAGGCGCCGGAUUGCUGAACAACAACAAUAACAACAACAACAACAACAUGGCGUCGCCUGGUCCGAGUGGCAAUAAACUUGGCGAAAUGCUUCGUGCUGGGAGUCAACCUGGAGCGGCACAACAGUAUCACGACGAAAUGCAGUCCCAACAACAACGCAUGGCAGCGGCUAUGGCGGCAGUAUCGGCUGGUCUGCAAAAUUCGGUAUCGCCAAACCUAUCACCGGCAGAUAUCGCGUCCUUGGCGGCGGCGAUGCGCAUGGGAAACAACGGCGACAUGGGUGGUGGACCUCAGGGUUCCACGGGUCCUCAACAACAAAGUGUCCAAGGGCAAGUACCGGAACAAGCCCUCAGAAUGCACCAGGCCGGGGCUCUUCUUCGUUCGCAGGCCGAGGCGGCUCUGAGACUCGCGGUUUCGCAGGCAACUGCCGUGGCGGCCAGCUCUGGUACAGACAUGAGGCAUCAUUUGGGACAGCACAACGGUGGCGCAUCCGGAAUGCCCGGACACCAUGGAAACCAACAACUUUCCCAGCAAGAUAAUCUCUCCCCGGACUUGGGUGAAGCGCUGCGAUUACAAGAGCAGCGUUUGGAGCAGGCGUUGCGAUUGCACGGUGACCCUCGGGCGCUGGGUUUCACCCUCCAGCACGUUGUUAACCAGCAAAAUAACCAGCAACCAUGAAAAUUCAGCUACUACUGAGACGAGUGGACCCCUUGGACGGGCGAACAAUCCUUUAAUCCGGCGAAGAAAGACCACCAGGAGCGUACGACGACUUCCGACGAGCAGAUUCAGCAGAGUCUGUUGGCGCAAGAACAAAACCCAACUCCAGCUGACCUUACCGAGAUGCCAGACAGAGGCGUGAAACGGAAGUUGGACGAUAUCGGGGAUGACGGAAACAGUGCGUAGAACUUUGCUUCGUAAGGAAAUUGAAAAGAGAAAGAAUCGCGAAGGCAACGGAAUCGGAAGAAGCCGAUUUUGUUCAGUUGUUCGUGAAGGGAUCGAAACGCAACGUCCAAGUGCGGUCAAUUGAAAAUUGCUCGUUGUCUCAGCAGUACUCGUUAAUGAUGAAAUAAAAACAAAAACAAGCGAAGAACGAAGAGAAAAUAGUUUCUCGAAUAAAAGUUUGAGAAACGAAAAAAAACACACACACACACACACACACAUACACACGAACUGCGUGAUGUGAUGAAGUGAUUUAUUGUACGAUAAGAACACAUCGAGCCGCGUUAAAAGGACAUUUAAAAAAAAUGCAGAUUUCACCGUGGCUCAGUGAGAGACUAGUAAGUUCGUACGGUAAGAUUUCUUUUUUCACCUCGACACGUUUUCGAAUUUGAGAUCGUGUUACGGCUCGAUUUCCUGGCGUAUGUAACCGCAUCGAUAAUUAACGAUUGAGAGAUAUUGAGAGUUACAUACGGUUCGAAACCGGGGACGAAAGAAAAUCGUUCUACGCAAAAUCUUACUUUCAUAGAUAUAAAGUGACCGUCGCAAGUCCCAUCAAAUUUCCGUAUAGCAAAAUGAGACAAAAACAUAAAAUAAACAAAAAAUUGCAAUAACGAUGGUUAUAUACUUGUAUCCUAUACUAUUAAAAAAAAAAAAAAUGCUCCAGAUAUUUCCGGAUAAACGUAAACAGAAAACUUCGGUAGAGGUCAGGGAAUAUUUGUAAGGUUCUUGCGGCGUGACACGAUAAUAAAUAUAUAAAAUAUAUAGUUAAUGUGACGAGUCAAAUGAUGAAACAAAGGUCAAACGGGCGACCUUUUUUCAUUAACGGGCUCAGCAAAACUAUAAAAGCCAGAACUUGAGGUUCCCUAAAUCUUACUUUAAUUCUAAUUAAGGAUCGUAAACUUUAGGUAUAUAUAUAUAAAUAUAUAUAUAUAUUAUAAUAAUAUUAAUAAUGAUGCAACAUACACAUAUACACACGUACACGUGUGCUCGGCGUAGCACGAAAACUAUUAGUUCGUAAGCAAACAAACAAAAUAAUAUUAUUAUUAUUACGAGGAAGAAAAAAAAAAUAACAGUUAUAUAUAAAUAUAUAUAUUUGAAUAUAUAUCUAUAUAUACGCAUACGAAAUAUGGAGAUCGUAAGUGUGAAAGAUAGAGUGAGAGAAUGUGAGAGAAUGAGUGUGCAAGGAAGAGUAAGUAACUAAAUGCUACAUAUUAUAUAUAAAUAUUAUAAAUAAUAAAUAUAGGGUUUAUGAGACUAAGGUAGUUAGACGGAAAAAUAUGCAGCGAGAUACACGCGCACGCGCAACAAAAAGAAAAAAAAUUAGGUGAAAAUCUUUUUCGAAAAAUGCGUUUGAGAAUGUUUGAGGUGAAUCUGAGGUCCUGUGAUCGUUAAAAAAAAACUAAGGAAAAAAAAGAAUUAAAAAAAAAAAAAAGAACAAGAUAUUUUCUUAUUUCAAAAUAACGUCUAAAUAAACACGUAUAAUUGCAUAACUAUUAUUCAUAUUUUCAUUUCAAUUGCAAUACAUAAAAUAUAUGCAUAAUUAUAAUUACGUUCUCGCAAUAUAUUUGUAGAGAAAAUUUUUAUAGGCUUAUAUCGCUUAUAUUAUAUGAAAAAUAAUCUUCCGUCGGUUCGUUAUCGCUGAUCAACCAUUCGAUUUUAUAUUAAUUAAUUUUUUCUUUCGCCAUUUUCAUUUCCGGUGGUCUUUUGUAUACGGAUAAUGAGUAGAAGAUUUUAAAAAAAUGUGCAACGGAAACAAUAUAUAGAUGAUUUAAAGAAGAAGAUUAAUAAUAAUAAUAAAAAGAAAACAUACGUUGACAAUAUAUUAUAUACGUUUUAUUUUCAAGCAAUCGCAGACUGAGGAGCGCGGAAUGAAUGGAAACCGUACGAGUGAUAUAUACCGACUACUUUUCUCACUUUUUUGGUAUUUUCAAUAAUUUUUAACACUGUGAGGUAAAAAGGAAUAGAGAAAAUAGAAAUCAAAAUAUGUUAUUUCUUUUCUUGAAGUAUAUAAGAGAGAAGACGUGUGCUUCUUACUUUUGUGUACAUACACGUGUAAGAAAUUUUCGCGGUAUGAGAAACUCUUGUUUAUAAUUUUCAUUAAUGAUCGUCACGUGAAGGAAUAUAUAAAUAACGAAACAACACAAUACAACCCCCACCUCGAAGAGAAUGAGAAAUAACCACGGGGAGUUAUCCGAAAGAGACAAAAAUCGCUAAAAAUUCAUCGACAAAGCUACCAUAUAAUGGCCGUGCGAUAACGAUCCCUGCAUCGGUGUGAAACUGGUACGAAGAAAAUAUGCUUUCACAUGAUAAAUUCUAGGUGUUUGGCUUUGGUCGCGACAUUAGACAUUGAAAAGAAAUUAAUUCCGCAUACCAAAUUAGGAGAAAAUUUAAAUAGGGUGUAAUAAUUUUAUAUCACCGCAGGUUAUGAAUUGAAUUAUUAACGUACAUUAGUCCGUGAAAUUAAUUCCACAGUUCCAGUUUUACACUCGGAUGCAGAGGCUAAUUUAUCGCAGGUUUUUUUUUUUUUUUUGUUCUUUAUCAAUAUUUCCGUUACAGUGCGUUUUUCCUCAUACUAAUUAGUGUAAAUACACAAUACGAACCAUACUACAAUUACAAUAGCUUAAACAGGAGAAAAAAAAAAAGAACAUAAUAACUUACACAUAAAGAAAAUAGGUUAGUUUAUAUGUACAUAUACCUAAAGCCGGGUGAGUGUUCACCCUCGCCCUGCCACCAUGAAAAAUAUUCCGCAAAGCCUUGGUUCCCCGGGCAUUCCGAAGAUAUCACAGAAAAAUCACAGCGAACGAAAUUUGCGUAUUGCGAAAGGUGCACACGUGAUGUUUGUAUACGUACAACAGUUUUCUUACUUUUGGAAUGAAAAAAUAAACUUCAACAAGGGGUUCACGGGCGCGGAAAUGUUUUCUUUUUCGAACUUUCCGUUUUUCGACUUUUCCGUUUCUCACUAAAUACAAAAAAUAUACACACGCAUAUACAAAUACACAAAUUAUCACAGCCUUGCGAUGGAUUGUACAGCUAUAAUGAUAGAUUUUAAGCCGACACUUUCACACUAUAUAUCAUGCACCACUGGCCUCUCCACACGAUAAUAGGGACCAAAAUUAUUUUCUCAAAAAACAAGAAAACCUAAAACAACAAUUAAUUGCGUAAUUUCAAACCUUGACUUUCGGAUUAAAGACAAACAAGAUCUGUAUUUCUCCGUCUCUGGGAAAAUAAUAAUAAUAAUAAUUAUAACAAUAAUAAUGAUAAUAAUAUACAGAUUAAUCAAAAUUGCCAACAGUUUGCGUUCAAGUUUUAUUUUAAGUGAGUCUUUUGUCGUAAGACCACGUGAAAAAUAAACAUGCAUAAUUUUUUUUAUCAAAUUUGGCUGCAACCGAAUACUAAUGAUAAUUGACUCACUGAGAAUUUUUUUUUUUCUUUCCAUCUCAACAUCGCUAAGAUAUCUUUCCGCGAUUCCAUCGGUGGGAAUUUAUACGUUAUACCUUAACGAGAAAAUAAAACAUGAAAAUUCUCUUAUCGGCUUCGUGUAAAAGAAAAUUAAUUAAAAUUCAUGACCGGUCCCUAGAAUUGAACAGAAAAAAAAACCAAUUAAAAACACAACGUUGAAACAUUUGAAAACUGCUAUAAACAAGUAAAACAUUUUUGAUCGGGACUCGAGGCGUAACAUCGUAAAAUUCAGUUCUGUUACUGAUUUUACGAAGUUUGUCUCGCUCCCCCCCGAACAUGUAAAAUACUUAAAACACAAUAGCUUGUAGUGUAUGUUCUGUAAUCGAUGAUAAAAGGUAAAAACAAAAUAUAGGCGACCGUCUUUGCGCCGCUGGGAUGGUCGUCGAAAAAAAUCACAAAAAAAUUUACAAAUAUAUUGGUUUACAUAUGCCCGUAAGUGGGCUGGUCUCGCAGUUUUUAGUUUUUUCAAAGUGCUCGUUUCGCGACCAGGAAUAAAGAUGAUUGAAAAUAAAAUAAAAGAAACAGCGAUUAAAAGGUUGCAGGAUGUGACCGAAGGAUAGGUCAGGUUGAUCGUAACGUGAUCGUAACGCGAUCGUGGAAGGGUGCGAAUAAUCGCGCCUUGUUUUUAUCGAAUUGCACGAGGCAAUAACAGGAAAUAAAAAUGUGAUCGACCAAGAUCAUGUACGAAGACAGAAGCGCGAAACGGGUACCGAAUCAAUUGACGAUGACUGAAAAAUAUACAAAGCUGCGUAAACCGGUCCUAUAAUAUACAAUAAUCUUAAUCUCUCCAUGUAAAUUUGCUAAAUGUUAAAUAACUAAUGAAAAAUUAAUGCCAUAGCCCGGAUGCACUGGUGUAUACUCCCAGUGCAUACACACUCACAAAUACGACUCGACUUCAAUAAUAAAAGUGAAAAAAAAAUAUGCAAACGAUGAUAUAUAUAUAUAUAUAUAUACACACACAUAUAUAUAUAUAUAUAUUCAUCUCGUCAACAGUAAUACAAGAAUAUACAAUCACAGACUCGAUUCAAUAACAAUACAUGUAUAAAUAUGCCCAAUUACAUGCAAGAUAGCCCUGAUCAAAAGCGCGACCAAAUGCUUUUUACACACUCAUACAUCAACCAAAAAUCGGAGGACGUGAGUAAUACAGUUUUACCGCAUACACACACCCUGGUGUUGCGGUAUCUGUAUCGUCGACCCUCCACCCAUACACACGCACACGCACUCACACGCACACAGCAAACACACAAUUUACGGAUAUGUAAAGACAAUUGAUUUUGUAAAUUAUUCAAAAACAAAUCAACAUGAAAAAAAAAAACAACAAAACAGAAAAAAAUCUCUGUCAACGAUCCAAAUUCUCAUCACUUUUCGGUGUAUGUACGGCCAUGAAAAUUAGUGACAAAAAUUAAAAAAAAAAAAAAAAAAACCGAAUACAUUUUUUAAUUCUGGAAAAUAAAAAUUUAAUACCACGAUAAUCGCGGAUUCGAUCUGGAAUAUGAUGCAAAAUUCGAUUAUUUCGUUACGGAUAUUUAUGUUAUUUCGUUAACAAGUCAAUUUAUUAUUUCAUUUUAUUUUAUUUUCUUCUCUAGUACAAAAAAUUAACGAUAUAAUUAUCACCCAGCACAAUCUAAACAUAUAUACGUACAUUUUACACGUAUGUAGAGAAAGAAUAUUAUCCCGGAAAUGACGACAUAGCGAAUUCUUUUCAAAGGAACAAAGGCUAUGCAUACGUAACGAUACCCGAUUGCGACGAUGAAUAUAAAGCUUUGCACAAGCAGCCUGCACCCACAACUGUUUUUCUGCUGUGAACAGUUGCAGAAUCUUUUAGACAUAAACAGGCGAACAAGCAUAAGAAACAGAACAAAAAAAUAAAAAACAUAACGAAGUAUAAUAAAUAAUAAAUGAAUUUCUUUUCGAUCGGGUUUGAUUUUUUAGUGGAAUAAUCUUAUACAAUGAAUAUGUAAUACGCAGCAUAAAAACCGACAGUCUAGCAGAGCGAGCACCUCGCGGUACGCGUUUUCACGCGCUGCCGAACUGAGCCUCUGCACGUUUAUAAACCGGAAUAAGUUGUUUAAAUAUUCACUAUAAUAAUAAACUAUAGAUACGUAAGAUGGUGGGCCCCUGAUGGUGUGUACAACACCCGUCGCAGACAUCCCGCUUUUAUUAUGUCACCUUUGAUUCUCAAUCAUGCGGUUCAUACAGCUGAUAGCGAUCUAGAUUCGUUAUUACCAGAUGAAAAACAGACAAAAUCAUUAAAAAAAUCACUUUUUAUUUUUCGCACUUCUCAGCUACUUAUUCAAUAUCAAUUGGAGAGGAUAAUUUUAAGUUACAUUGAUCGAUAAAUAUUUCUUGAAAUUUGUUCUUGCUGUAAACAUUUUCGUACAAAGCGCAGAUCUGCGGAUGACGAACGAAAUGAAAGAUUGAAUUCGUUAAUUAAAAUGGUAUAUUCCGAAUAUAGAAGAAAUUUGUCACAAAAUUACUAACGUAAAGAAAAUUUUUUUUUAAUGUAUACAUGUCUCUGUUAAUUAACCUAACCGUCAUUAUGGUUAAAUACGUGUAACGAUUAAAAUAGAUGGACGAUCCAAGGGGCCCACUGUAUUUUUUGCCAUAGGUAACUGCGACUUACAAUUUAGCAUGAUAAUUGCAGUGCCGUCUGGCAAAAAAUUUCUUUUCAGAAUAUUCUGAAAGUUUUUUUGUUGAUAUGAGAAUGUUUUCUUUUCGGUUUUUUCCUUCGCAUACGAAUCUGAGUUAACCGAGUUCCCAAAGAUUGCUGGAAUGCAAUCGAAAAAUCACACAAGAAAAAAAUCAUUCUAUUCGGCGACAAUGACGCUAGUCAUAUUUCUAAAAUAUUGUUACACAAACGCGAUGUUCAAAAAAUUUCGGUUCCCAAGCGACGAAAGCAAACAAAAAUGAAUUUAAAAAGAAAACACGUAUCCAGCAAAAACACAAUGAAAUAGUCAAAGUCCGCUAGUGAGUGCUUCUGUAAGGGAUUUCGUUACAGUAACAAACAUUAUCAAUAUACAACAAUCAAUUAGUGCUAUACGUAUAGAGAACAGUAUAAAAGUUAACCGAUAAAUAAUUGUAUAAUUAUGUAAGUAAGUACAGGAUUUUUCAGUGUCUGCUUGCAACCGCGUUUUUUCAAACAACGAAAAAAAAAAAAAAAAACAACCCAUCUUUAUUUUUCACAUUAUAUAAUCAAAGCAAGAGAAAAGAAAAAAACCCCGGUUCUAAAUGGCCUAAGAAAAAUAUAUAUACUACUAAUGUACGUCGCUGUCAAAUACAUCACCGCAAAAAGAAUACGGACUUCCAACGAAUUACUUUUUUCUCCGAAGUCUCCUGUCUGAUCAAGAUGUUAGUAAAUAUAAUACAAAAACAAAAAAAAUCAUACAAAAAAAAUCACAAAAAGUGUCCCCGGAAAAGGAAAAAAAAACAAAAAAAAAAAAAAAAACGCCAACAGUAAUAAUCAUUGCAAGAUGUUUACAUUUUGGAGAAUUUUAAGCCUUUUUUCAAGUCCUUUCCAUACUAUACGCAUAAUAUAUUAUACGAAUAAUAUGAUAAUAAAUGUAUUAAGUGUGUAGCUUAGCCAACGUGUAUUCACAAUAGAGAUGAUCGUAAAUAUCUUAACGCGUACAGCCAUAUUUAAACAAUGUUAAAUACCAGUGUCAAUAUUAAUAAACAGGAAUGAUUUUAGCGCGGAAGCACCCACUACGGAGGUAAAUAGAACUCUACUCAGAUUCGGAUCGGAGUGCUCUCGAACAUGGCACCCAUCUUGAACAAUUGUUGUUGCGUAGCAUUAUAAGCCCUGCAAGAUUGCCAAGACCUACAAUUACUUUAAAUUUUCUAUUCGCCCCCCCCCCCCCCCCCCUUCGUUCGCCGAUUCCUACGAAUGAUUUACAUAGAUAGACACACUACCAAAAUUCUUAUACAGCUUUUUUUCACCGUUUCACUCUAACGAGAUUCGUAGUACAAAAAUUUCUUUCCGAGCAGCGGCUAAUUUCGUUAUUUUUCACAUGUGUCUGAAGAAACAGAUCAACUUCUGUUUGAUUUAAUGUUUCAAGAUGGCGUGUCCUGACUUUCGGAGAUUUGUUUAAAACACAGCGUUGCGUUAUGUCACUUACAACGUUGUUUUACCACAAUACAACCAUCCCCACCACCCCUUCAAUACAACCCUCCCCCUACCCACCCCUAAUUCUACUCAUACGUUCUUGUUUGUUCGUUAUUAUGUGUGUAGGCGCGCCCCUUUUUGUGCCAUUUGCCAGGAGAAAGGUGAUGAUUGGUUUGACAGUUUGGCGAGAAAAAUUUGUAGGAAUAAAAAUCUGAACUUCUUACGUCGAUUAGUCAAUUGAGCAAGCGUAACGCGGUUGUCAUAACUCAAAAUCAUGUGAAUUUUAUGGUGUUUGGAAGAAAAUUGAGACGAAGCUUGACGUGAUUGAAUAUCGAGUAGGUUAGCAUGGCAUGAUUGGCAUGUUUGCCACGCACAUAUUAUACGGGGCGCGCAAAUUACUAAACGUUCCAUUUCAAAUAAUUUACGUACAGUUACAUCAAAGCAAAGUAAUGUUGAUUUUCACGUAUAGCGGCUCGUGCCAUGAGUUGUAUCCGCAUGUGACGGAUAAACCUGUGCGAGUUAGCUGUCAAAGUUUUAAGGUAUACAUUAAGUUUCCUAAAGUCCCCUUUUGGGCAAACACACUGGCGAAUUUUCGGUCCCGUAUUCCCGACAAUUGAGAAUGAUCAGUAGUUGAAGAAAAUUUGAAAAUGAGAAGAGUGUGGAAAUGAAACACAAGAAAGGAUAAAAAUUGUUCGAAAUUCAAUUCUAGUCAAAAAACGGUACAAAUAUACCGAAACUUUUUAGAUUUAGUAUAUAGGGUGAAAUCGAUACUUAUAUAUAGAUAUUGCGAAAAGACGUCUCGACCUGCUGGCGUGUAUUUCCAUUGUAAUCGUAUACGAUAAACUUUCGAUUUGUGUAAAAUAUAGCGGUCGAAAAUUCUUAAUCAGGGUUUACGGGACCAUGACUAAAAUAUCCAUGUUGACAAAGAAUAGCCUUUUUUUUAAUUUGUUGUAUAUUUAUCGACUGGGAGCUAUAACUGAUACUUUUUCAAUGGAUGAACGGUGCGAAUGAAGUUUGAAAUUGUGAAUUUUAUAUUACAAAUCAUCAAUCAAUUGCCUAGGCAGCGGAAGCUUAGAAUUUAUCGUUUGAAAACCUUCCAAUCAAAUCAAAAAUACGUCUAAACAAUACCACAAAAUUCACGUUAACCCCAUAUAUGCUAUUGAAGGAAUUUCGAAUGAAACAGGCAUCCGAGAACAGCGUGAAAUCAUACGAUUAGGUUGCACAAAUGAAUUACUGACAAAAAUUCGUUGCCUGGGCAAUAUUAUAAUUUUUUUGUUUGCAAUUUUUUUUCUCCGAUUUUUCGAUAGGUCUGUUAACUACAAUAUACAAUGAUUAAUAUUAAGGCAAUUGAAAGCGUAUUUUAGUAAUAUUUGGUAAAUUUCGCUAGUAAUUAUCGUCGCAUUAAAAACUACAUUUCGAGAUUUUUUAUAUUUAUACAAUAUGAACAUGUACGUAACCUACGUAAAUAAUUUUUGUUAGGUUAAGUAUUGAUGUUUUUUUUUUUUUUUAAUUUUUUUUUUUUUUUAAUUGCUACGUCAUUCAAUUAGUCUUAAUUCAUGUUAACAUUUUGUUGAACGUUAAGAAGGCAUGCCGCGUGAAUUUGGGAGUAAGAAAAAAUAACGAAAAAAAUUGAAAUGGUGUGCGGUGGUAUUCUUUUUUCUCGAAAUUGCACGCGGCAGGUCUCCUUUAACUGUGCAUAUAUGACUGAAUGUUCUGUAAUCGGUAAUAUUUAAAGGUAUCACAUGAUUUAUCCAAUUUAAGUUUUUCGCAUAACGUUUGAGGUAUAGCUAUGGUAAUAAUAAUAAUAACAAUUAUUAUUAUAGUCUGGAAAGCUGAGAAAAAUUUUAUAUUAUAUAUGCAAGAUGUUGGGCAUGUUCAACUUUUGUCUUGUUAUUUUUCUUGGUUUCUUUAUACAUUGUUUUUAAGUUCCUAGACUUAUCAUAAUAUCGUUCAAAAUAACUGUACAAGUACAUAUGUGUAAUUAUAAAAAUUGAUAAUAAUAAUUAGACUGAUAGAAAUGAUAAUAAUUUGAACGACGAAGUAGGAGGGGAAAAAAAGGAAGAGAAAAAUUGAAGUUAUGUUUGCUAGUCAAAAUUGGUUAAUAAUUCAAAAUCGAGUUGAGAAUUAUUUAUGUAAGUUUUUAUUUGAACUGCAUGUGGGAAAACUAUAAUUACUACGGUUCUUUAGUUACUACUUUUAGGUUCGGUGUAUUAAAUUAUAAAUAAAUGAUUUAUGUUACGGAGCGUGUAUAGAUAAAAUUGCAUAAUUGCGAGUUUAACAACUAUUAAUGCGUAUGAUAUGCUUGAUUGAGCGCGAACUCUUUUUUGUAAACUCUUGUCUUCAUUGUUUACAUACAAUAUGUUAUUUACUUGACGUGAUAUUCUAGUUUCAUCAUGUGUUCUGUACAAUAUUUUAUUUUUCGUACGUAUUAUUCUCUUCACAUUUUAGUUCAUCACUAGCUACUAUAUAUAUAUGUAUACUAUAUGUUGCUAAUGCCAACAUUUACGAUGUUAAAAUACGCUGACGAUUGUCAUAUAUACACAGAACAAGGACCCGUGCAUUUACUCGUAUAAACAUAUGUGAUUAGUAUAAUAACGUAAUUGGACAAUUUUCGGGAAGACUUUGAUUACGUUUAUUUCAAACUAUACAUGCAAUUAUUGCCGAAUCCUUACUGACGUGCCAAUUAUAAUCGAAGAAAAUUAUCGCAUAAAGGAAUGAAAGUUACUUAUACGGUUGAAAUGUUUUUUGCCAAUUUAAACGAACUGCAAAAUUACCUUAUAGGCAAUUUUUAAAUUCGAAUAUAGUUCGCACAGUAAGGCUACUAUAAACUUGCAUAUUGACAUAUUGUAAUAUACAUUUAGUCUCUUUCGGUUACGAGUGAGCUCCAAGAGUUGAACGUUGUUUAAGAGAGAGAAAGACAGGAGGAGGGAAUGAAACAUUAAGAUUAAACGUCGAUAUUAGGCAAAGCAAAAUAUGCAGGAAGAAAAUAAAUUCGAAAUUCAAAGUUCCAAAACAUUUUGUAAAUAGGCACUUCUAAUUACUGUAAACACUAGGCAAUGUUUAGGCUAAUGUGCGAAACAAUUGAAUAUUCAAAAACGUAGACUAAGAUCAAAUUCAGAGUCUGGGGUUGUAAUUAAGGCUACCGUUUCGAUGGAAUUUCUAUCCAAAUUUGCUCUCUUUUGACGGGGACAAAAUUUCUGUAAGAUAUAUACAAUAAAUAUCAAAUUUUACAUGUGGCAUUAAACAUAUAGAAACUAAGUUAGGCUUAAAAUUACGAUUGUAUGAAGGAAAAAAAAGUUUUUCGAAAUUUCGGAAAUGGUAGCUGCACCUCGGCUCGUCUAAAAUUAAGUGAUUAGAAAUUAUGGAAAUGAUGAAAUUAAGAACAACUAAUACUAAGUGGACUAGAAUCGCAACCGAUGGGCAUUAUGAAGAUAUAAAAAAAAAAUAAGAAAAAAUCGUGGAGCGUCUUUUUCAAAAAGCGUCCAAAAUUGUACCUAUUUUCAUUUGAUAAAUUAUUAUAUUAUAUUAUAUUAUAUUAUAUGUAUGUAUGUAUAAAUAUUAUAUAUAUAUAUAUAUAUGUACAUGCAUAUAUAUAUAUAUAGAUAUAUACGAUGACGAUGACUAAUUAUUAUUACAUAAAAGUUAUAUCUAUAUUGGAAGUGACGUAUUCGGUCGUGGUUAUGCAUAUACAUAUGUUAGCUAAGGCAAAAAAGAAAAAAAAAAAAAUUAGACAAAAUUAUCGACAGAAAGAUUUAAUUAAUGAUUGUACAUUGUAUGUCAACAAGAAUAUGACAAAAAUGAGAGAAAAAAAAUAGUAACGUCCCCCCUCGAAAAAAACACAGCAAAAAACUUGAAAAAAAAAACUCAUAAUAAUUACUAAGAUAAAAUUUACGUUCCACGUUUGAAUUUGUAAAUGAAAACGAUCGUAUUCGGUGUUCUUAUUGUUUUUGUAUAUCGUUUGAGAAUAUUAUAGUGGCCCUGGACAAUAUAUGUUUGUAUGAUAGUAGCUGGAAAUUGGUUAUUCAAAGAAAACAAAAAUCUGUAAAGAUAUCUCGCGCGUUCCAGGCAGCUAAAACUCAAAUAUUGAUUCUUGGUGGUCGAUUUUCUGUUUGUAAUCUUCGACACUCUAGGAUUAGCUGGGUAUAAGAAUUUGCGACCUAUACAGUUUAGAAAUUCAAAUAACGUUAGCCUAAUUUUUUUAUAUCGUAACCGUUCGAAAAGAGCCAAACCGCGACAAGCGAAACUUUUAUACAAAUAAAGUAAAUUAAAACACGUCACGGGAAAAUUUUCAUUUCGAACGGUUAUGGCUUCACUCAACACUUUUAAAUACUUUAUACAGUAAUUCUACCGUUUCCAUGAAACCAGUGUGAAUGGAUGAUGAAGUAAAACGUGAUUUAAGAGAAGAACUAAAGCAUACAUUGUCGAACUGUUGGGACAUUCUGCGUUCAGUAAUACGAUAGUGAAAAAACAAAUAACGAAAA